AUGAACGUUGAAGAUUUGCGUGUAGUUGUUGCUGUUGAUUUUGGCACGACAUAUAGUGGAUUCGCUUACUCGCAUAUGAAAAAUCCAAAUGUCAAGGUUCACAGUUCGUUUCCAGGACAUUUCUCGCCCAAAACUAACACCGUUUUGCAAUAUGAUAAUAAAUGGAAAGUAGAUUGUUGGGGCUAUGCGGCACUUGCUAGAGAGCCGUCAAAGAAAAAAAAGUCUCGAGUUACCGAUUCUCGUCCUGUUGAGCUAUUUAAACUGCAUUUAGCUGAUAUCGACCACUUCAAAAAGCCGAAACUGCCAACUGAAAUCGAUUAUAAAACUGCAAUCGCCGAUUUUCUUAAAGAAAUGGAAAAGGCGAAUAAUCAUUCAUUAUUGUUAAUUUUAAUCAAGGAAACUUUAUUUUCACGUUGGUCUGAAUUGACUUAUUCGCAAAUUCGAUUUGUGUUUUCUGUUCCUGCGGAAUGGGGGCCGCAAACUCGUGGGAUUAUGAGAGAAUGCAUUUACCAUGCUGGUUAUUUGGAGACUAAAAACUCGUAUAAUUUAGAAUUUAUUUCUGAACCGGAAGCUGCAGCAAUCUUUUGCAUGCAAAUCAUGAAAGAGCAUGGAUUAACUGUUGGAGGCAAGUUUCAAAAUCACAUGAUUUUGAUCACAUGGAUAUAUCUAACCAAGAGGCUGAUUAUUUUACUAGACUCGUUUAUGGUUUGUGAUUGUGGUGGCGGCACAGUAGAUUUGACAACUCGUACCCUUUUACCUAAUAAUCAACUUGGCGAAAUUACUGAACGAACCGGCGACUUAUGCGGGAGCACUUUUGUUGAUGAAGAAUUCUUUCUAUUUCUUAGUCGUCGUUUAGGUUUUAACGCAAUGCAAGAAUUCAGAGAAAAGCACUAUGGUCAAUAUCAAUACUUGAUUCUAAAAUUCUUUUGUCCUCAAAUCAAAUUCCAGUUCCGAAAUGACGCGUUAAAAUUUCAGCCAAUAGAACUUGACAUCGAAAGGGAAUGUCCCGCUUUGAUAGACUAUAUUGACGAAGACAUUCAAGAACAAAUGAGGGAAGAAGAAUGGAUAAUAGAGUUCCAAUAUAAUGAUGUCAAAUCGAUGUUUGAUCCUGUUGUAGAACGAAUUAUUCGAUUGAUUCGAAAUCAAUUGAAUGCAUCUCAGCAACAAAAAUGUUCGGCAAUAUUUGUUGUCGGUGGGUUUGCUGAAAGUGGAUAUCUUAUUUCUCGUAUCAGAAAAGCUUUUAGUAGUGAAAUCCGAACAAUUGCUGUACCUCAACAACCAAUUACCGCUGUUGUGAUUGGAGCUGUUCGAUACGGUUUAAAUAAAAAAGUUAUCAAAACACGUAAAGUUCCAUUGACUUAUGGUGUCGAAGUUUGUCCCAUUUGGAAAGAUGGCGACGAAAAAAAACGAAAAACUCACGCUGGCCGUAUUCUUAAAUUCGCUGAACUAGCAAAACGCGGCACCGAAUCGCCACCAGAUCAAAUGUUUUCGGACGAUUUCGUCCCAAUAUACGAAGACCAAAAGCGUAUUACAUUCAAAAUUUUCUCAACAGAGAAAUUUGAAGCACAAUUUUGUGAUGAGCCUGGAGUGAACCAAGUUGGCAUAUUGACUAUAAAAUUAGGAAACGAGGAGCUUGGACUAAGAAGACCAGUUGAGUUUGGUUUAACGUUUGCAGAAGAAGAAAUCCGAGCUACUGCGUGGAACAAAGUCACAGGAGAAAUUUUUGAAGCGUCAUUUGACGGAUUGGUUGCGAGCGCUGAUACUAAUGCUGAUGUUGUUGGUUGUAAAUCACCGAUAUAUUGUCCGAGCGAAUUGUUGGCGACAAUUCAAUUGGCACAUUUAUUUAACGAUUCAAAGACAUUUGUAGAUAUGCCCACAAAAAAACCAAUACACGAAAUUCUCCAAGCUUUUUCAGAACUACCAUCUCCCCAUACUCAAACAUCUCUUCGCGAUUUCAUUGAUACGUAUUUCAGUUCACCCGACCUAUCGCUCAUAUCUACCACUUUUCCCAACUUCAAUCCAUCACCGAUAUUUCUCGAAAAAAUCCAGGAUAAUACAUUACGAGCUUUUGCGAGUAUAAUCAACAAUUAUUGGCCGGAUUUAUCGAGACGCGUUGUAAAAGAUAGUAGUUUAUGCAAAGGAUGUGCUAGCAGUAUGAUCCCAGUUAAGCAUACUUUUAUUGUCCCAGGUGGUAGAUUUAGAGAAUUUUAUUAUUGGGAUUCUUAUUUUAUCUUAGAAGGGUUGUUGGUUAGUGGGUAUUUUCAUAUUGCAAGAGAAAUUAUCGAGAAUUUUUUGCAGAUGAUAGAGGAAUUUGCAAAUGGCAAUAGAAUCUAUUAUUUGAAUCGAUCGAUGCCUCCACUCUUGACUCAAAUGGUUAAAAUUUAUUAUAAAGCAACAAAUGAUUUUGAUCUGGUGAAAUUUGCGUUACCGAAUCUACUAAAAGAAUACGAAUUCUGGCAAAAAAACACUACAGUCCACAUUGCCACUAAAAAUUAUUCUUCAAAGAAACAACACGUCCUAAAUCGAUAUAUAGUCCACAACUCGGAUCCCAGACCAGAAAGUUUUCUGGAAGAUUACACCACCGCAACGAACGCUAUUUGGUUAAACGCAUCAGGGAAAGCAAACCUAUAUGCAGAUAUAGCCACUGCAGCUGAAUCCGGGUGGGAUUUCUCAUCACGUUGGAUUCGCGCCGAGAAACUGUCAGAACACCUUCAAGACACUUCUACUAGCGAACCGAAUAAUUAUGCGCUACUUCAGAAUUUAAAUACUAGAUCGGUGGUGCCAGUCGAGUUAAAUUCCAUUUUGUAUAUGAAUGAGAUUGCGUUGGCGGAUUUCAAUGUGGCAGUUGGUAAUCUAAAAUUAGCAAAAUCUUUUAGAAAGCGAGCUAAAGAAAGACGUGAAGGGAUUGUAGAUAUUUUUUGGGAUAAAAAUAGGUCAAGUUUUUGGGACUAUAACUUAACGAGUGGAGUGCAUACAUCCGUUGCUUCUUUAGCUGCAUUUUUUCCAUUUUGGGCAGGCAUUUAUCCAACCGAGAUUACAAACAAUUUAACAGCAGCAAAAGAAUCGUUCAAACUAAUAAAAAAUUUUCUCGAGAAGUAUCCAGGAUCACUUCCCGCUACAGAAAUUAAUACCGGACUCCAAUGGGAUUUUCCAAAUGCGUGGCCGCCAUUACAAUAUGUUAUUCACACCAGCAACUUUUCUACAACAAGAAAGAAUUCCAUGGAAGAUGCGGGUCAUAUAUUCGAAAAAUAUAAUGCCACGAAUUUGAUGAUGCCUGGAGGCGGUGGCGAAUACGUAGUGCAAACAGGGUUUGGGUGGACUAAUGGAGUCAUGUUGUGGAUUUUGGAGAAGUUUGGUGGGGUACUACAAGAGCCGGAGUGUUACCAUAACGCAAUGUAA